AUGGAGAAGACAGCGUGGAGACGACGGUGUGGAGAAGACAGCGUGGGGACGACAAUGUGGAAAAGUAGUUCGGCGACGUCGUGGCGAGGAUUUAUGUUUGGCAAAGCUUCAGCCUCUCUUCUUAGAGACCGGAUCCUCUGCGCCCGCGUCCCCUGCGCCCUCUGCGCCCGUCGCUACACGACAAAAAAAAAGCACGUGCUUAGCACGAAAAAAAAUAAGAAAAUCCUAAGCGAGACCUCCUCUUCGCCCGCCGAAAAAGCCAUCUCCGCUUCUUCUCCAGCCGACGACGCAGAGCUCCUGCAGAUCUACGCGAUGCCUGUGUUCGACAUGAUGGAGAGCUAUCUGGUCAAAGAGCUUCGCUUUCCUCCUGGCCUAACUCUUCGCCUGAUAACACGAAGUGCUUAUGUCGCAUUCACCAUGUUCAUCGGCAUGACCUUCCCCUUCUUCGGCGGCCUACUCUCUUUCUUCGGCGGAUUCGCAUUCGCCCCGACCACAUACUUCCUUCCUUGCAUCAUGUGGCUUGCUAUUUACAAACCCAGAAGGUUUAGCUUAUCUUGGAUCACUAAUUGGAUCUGCAUAAUUCUCGGGGUCUUGCUUAUGAUCUUGGCUCCUAUUGGUGGAUUGCAAGAGAUCAUCAUAAAUGCCAAGACUUACAAGUUCUACUCGUAG